CCCGCCUCUCGUUCUCUCCAUCUGUAAAGAUCUCAGAGGAGCUCAGGUGACACCAGACAACCUGAAACACGGCCGAGUCACAAAUCAGCUUCUGCUCGUUCCCAGACACUAUGGAAGAACGUUUUCUAAAGAAUCACAGGAGUGAAAUUAUACAAAAGACGAGAGAACCAAUCGCUCUGGCUGACAGGCUACGUGAAAAUAACUGUAUAUCAGAUGAACUGUACAAUAAAAUACAAACACAGAGACACAAAGAAGAUCAAAUGCGUGAAAUUUACAAAUGUCUUAAUAGCAGAACACACUUUAUCUGUACGUAUGAUUGGUUAAAGGAGAGAGAGUCCAAUGUGCUCGAAGACCUGGACAAAAGACCUAGAGAUGAGACUCACCCAACUGUGGAUGAAACUGAUAACAUUAGUUCAGAAUUACCUGAUCUCAAGAUGAUCUCCACCUUCGCCAAACUGGAAACCUGGGUGUCUAACAACAGUCAAAAGCUGAUCAGUGACUUGAAGGAAAAACUUGGAGAAAGUGGCAUGGAGGCUUUAAAAAACGAAUUAAAGAACAGAGAGUCAAAAAAUAAUUUGUGCUUCAAUUCUUAUAAUAUUAAAGACAUCAAGGGAAAUAAGGAACUUGACGACUUUCUCAGUAAAAAAAACACAAAAAUUCCUAAACUGACAUUUAGCAUGUUUUUUAAGAAAAAUGAUUUUGCAUCAUCGGGGGAAAAAAAUGGAAACACAACAGACUAUGAUGAGCCCAUGGACACAACUGAGUCUAUAAACAUCAGCAAUACAGACUUUAAUGCGAAAAAGGACAACAACACAAAAAGGAAAACGUCCACAACCGGAGGAGUAAAAGAUGAGACAGGAGAAGGUUCAAGAAGAAACACUGAUUCUGCUUCAGGAUCAUCUGUGAAGGGAGGCAGGAAGGUUAAUAAGCUAAAGAAGAAAAAUGACAUGAACAAUCUCCUUCGUGAUUGGGCAUCGAGACAGUGUGAUGGUUCUGAUGAAGAGAUAAAGAACGUAUUUCACCAGAUCUCGAUUAUAAACAUGGCAGAACACAGGGAGUAUCCGUGCUUUACUGCUGAAAAUGUCAGAGUGUACAAGAACCCAAAAACAUGUGAAAGCCAAAUCAUCUUUAUUGCUGAUGAAAAGAUGCCCAAGACCAGCGCUGACACCAUGGUCCAUUAUCACAUGUUUGUGUGUGACCUCCAGAAGGCAAUCCUGUUGGGGACUAAAGACAAGACUGAACAGGAGAUUAAAUAUGAAGAGGGUUUCAUACGUAUAGACAAGUGUAAAAGGUUCAUUUUUGAAGUGUUUGCUCCCACAGUUGCAUUGUUUAAAAAGAUUCAGAAAGAAGAGCUGUACUCUCUCAUCUGAGGACGAUUAUCCAAAAUUCAAUUGCAGAUUAUUUGUAUAGCACUUUUAAUAAUGGCCUUUAAUGGAUAUAAGUUUAAAAUAAGAAAGUGUACAGUUUUGUCAGUUUAUCCCUAAUGAGUAUGAUGGGUGUGGUGGUGCUGAGUGAGAAACCUGUUGAGUUAACUUGAGGUGGAAACCUUGAAAAGAAUCUGACUUAAAAGGAACCUGUCCUUAUUUGGUUCAUACACAUAGCGAGACCAUAAAUAAUCUUAUUCUAUAACUGUUAUCUGGCCAAAAGAGCAAACAGAUGCAUAGCCAGAUGUAGCCUGUUCCCUUGUUAGUCCAUGACCAAUCAAUCAGAUAAAGGCCUGGAGAUGUUCCUGAGUGUUACAUUUGCAUUUCAAAUUCAAAUUAAAAUUUUAUUUGUCACAUACACAGUCAUACACAGUACGAAAUGUAGUGAAAUGCUUAUACGACUGCCAUUGACCCUAAAAGAGAAUUAAAGUUUACAAUAAGAAAUAAAUAUGAAUAAAAGAAAAACGAUAGAAAAAUUAAAUAGAAAAAUUAAAUUAAACUAGGAAAAAUAGAACUAAAAAUAAAAAUAGAAAUAUGAUGUACAUAAAAAUAGAAAUAUACUGUAAAAAUUGAAAUAUACUGUACUGGGUGUGCAAAUAUGCAUAGAAUAAAGUGUCUUUGUGCAAAGGUUAUUAAAGUGUCUU